GAGGACUUUUCUUACUAUUGCUUAGCCACUCCAUCCACGAAAACUUUUUCUCCACGGCUAUGACAGGCAAAAAAUUCAUUGUCAACGUUUUUCACAAGCCGUUCCUUUGAAACUCCAUAUUUUUGCAUCGUUGUGGUCCAGUCUCGUUUGCCGCUGCAUCGGGCUGCAACGGUGCUUCCUGAUGAAACGUUGCUCACUCACAGUGCAAAACCCAUGUCCUACCAUCGAAGAUAUUUUCUUUUUGAAAACCCGCCUACAUUUGCUUCAAGGCUUUCUCCAGACUCAGUUAAUGGUAUUUCACUCACCUGCAAUACGUCAAAAGAUUCCCUCUCUGGAGAGUGCUUUCGCAGCGCCGCAUAAAACGUGUUGCGUGAGACUGGGCUAGCGAAGGCAUGCGCCAAGCCGCAGCGAGGCAGUGUAGGAUAUUCCCGCACAUACGGUUCUCGUACUUUUUAAGUUACGUUCAGGUUUUCCUUUCGCUUGGCAGCCAUUUCGGUCGCUGCUGUUGAAAAGCUCAACACCAUUCACCCAAAAGUUGUUCAAGAUGUUCUGGUGCUGCUGCGGGAGUGAACGGGACGCUACGUCGUCUGCAGAGAUCGUGCAUGUGCCGGUCGAGUCGCACAAAGGAAACGUGGCCCCCCCUUCAGACGAUGUGACCACUGCGACACCUCCUCAGUCAAUCGGGAAUUCCGCAGGGCCGAGAGGAUCGGUGGCGGAAAACAAGACAGAAAACGCUGGGAUCGAAAGGGCGCCAAUCAAGGGCGGGGUUUUCAAACCCCCUCAAAAGCGGGAAGAAGUGCCGGCACCAGUCCCCAUGACUCUUCCCAAGUCCGACAAAGCCAGGAGGACCUCUGUUCCCCAGGAAGCGGACCUCAGCUCUGGCGCGUAUUUAGUGUACGAGAAGGACACGAACUCUGUAUACGUACAGUGGAGUCGCGUUCCAGUAGACGGCGCUUUAGCUUGGUUGAAACCUCUUGUACAAGUUCCUGGUCAUAAGUACAAUGUGAACAAGGGCAAAGAAAUUAUAACGAAGCAAGCGAACGAUCCUGAGAAAUACUUCCGGGCAUGGGUGACUUUCCUGAAAAUAACACGAGAGUUUCCGUCGAAGUGUAUGCUGCUGGAGAAUUUCGAGGCCACCGGUGCACCGCGAGUACGGGUCAUCAUGCUUGAAUUCUCCCUCGACAGUGCCGGAAAAACAUUCACGACUGAAAUGUCAAGUUACGGACUUCUAUACGACUUACUCAAGAACGUUAAGGCAGUCGCAGUUGUGCCCUCAGCAAGCACGCUGAUACCGAUCGGCGAGCAGAUGGACAGCAAGGUGUUCAUUCAGCGUGGAUCAGGAGAAGGGGCUGCGGAAUUGCUGGAGUCUCUUAAUGCAUAGAGUGUUGACCCAUGAAGCCUUUAACACCGGCGCAAAGGUGCAUGUUUGUUAACUUCGUCACACGCGAAAAUAACGUGUAAUACUGUGAAGACAUGGCAGCGACCUCCUGCUCCACAACUCCAUACGGUUUAACAUGGUUCCUCUAUCCAGUGACGCGGAUGGCCGUAAAUGGAAAAUUUUGGAAGAUCGACCGCCCACGUUCGCAGCAGAAUCUUCUUAAAUGAAAACCGU